AUGGCUGCAGGGCCUCCUCUCCUGCCUGGUGGCUCUGCUGGUCUCAUUUCCUGGAGAUAUUUGGAUCCUUGCUUCUGCUUCCGCUUCUGUUACAAGCAUGGCUACAAGCUGAGACUUCAGAUUCUCCCCAUCCUUCCCAGGUAUCUCAAUGAGAUACGACAGAGAACCUAUCUAUGGAUCAAGCAACCACCCGCCAUCUCUGGUGUCCAGGGCAGCUCCAUCAAGAUCCCCUUCUCCUUCUACUUCCCCUGGGAGUCAGCAGAGGGUCCACAGAUGAGGAUUCUCUGGAGAUGGAAACACUUCCAUGAGGAAUUUAUCUACAACUCUUCCUCAGGUUUCAAACAUGAGCAUUUCAAGGACUGGAUCACCCUGAAUUGGGCCCAUAGUCAGAAGUCUGGAGUCCUCAGAAUCCUGAACUGGAAGGAGAAGGACCAGACUACAUACUACCGCCAAGUUCAUCUGAACACAAAAGAAGGCAUUAAGUGUAUUCAGUCUAUUAAUGGGACUCGACUGACCAUCAUCCAUGCCAUUAGGACCACCAUGCAGAGCCUCUCCAUGGUCACUUCUGCAGUCACCACAGCUGGCCUGGAGGACACAGAGGGCCUGAGAAAUCCUUCACUUGUGAACCUGGGAGCCACAGUCAGGGUGGUGUUGGCCACGGCUGUGCUCAUAACCCCUGUCUUUGUGUUGAUGGUCUUCCUCUGGUGGAAGCAAAGGUAA